AUGGCGUGUGUCGCUUCUGUGGAAGGCGACAUGGUUCGGCCCCGUGCCAUCUUAGGAAGAGUACAUGUUUUGAGUGUGGCCAACUGGGUCACAUGGCCAGAGAUUGUCCCAAAAGGCCAAGGGGACUAUAGCAGUUACCAUUGCAGCAGCCGAUGGGUCAGAAUAGAAGAUGGGGGCUGUCAAGGUUACUUGGCAACUGUCAUGGAUAUGACAGUUGAGGAGCUGAAGAUCGAGGAUAUCUCAUUUGUGAUCGUGUUCAUCGAUGAUAUUUUGGUGUAUUUGAGAAGUUCUGUGGAGUAUGAGAGUGAUUUGAGGAUGGUACUUCAGACCCUGAGGAAUCAUGAGCUGAACGCCAAGUUCAGUUACUAUAGAAGGUUCGUGGAAGGAUUUUUAGUGAUAGUGUUGCCAUUAACUCGACUACUGAAGAAGGAAGAGAAGUUCGUGUUGACAAACAAUUGCGAGCGCUUACCAAAGAGUCAGAGGGGUAAUGAUUCUAUUUGGGUAGUGGUCAAUAGACUGACGAAGUUGGCUCACUUCAUUGUUGUACGAAAAGAUCUGGAUUUGGACAAGCAUGCAGAGUUGUACGUGCGUCAGAUUGGAAGCUGGGAGGAACAUCUUCAUGUUAUCAAGUUUGCCUACAACAAUAGCUACCAGCAGAGCAUUCAAAUGGCUCCUUUCGAAGCGUUGUUUGGCAGAGUGUGCAGAACGCCAGUGUGUUGGAAUGAGGUUGGAGAGUGGAAGAUCACAGGCCCUGAGUUAGUCCAGCAGCUAGUGGAUACAGUUGCAGUCAUCAAAGACAAAUUAAAGACUACUUAG